CGGCCACUCUCGCCCAAGCUGCUGUCGGCACCAGUCGCCCUGACUCCUCCCCAUGCAGCACGCCCCAGCAUCGCCGCUCUCUGACGAGAGCCCAGUAGCGGAGCUGCUGCUGGCCGCGAACCGCUGCGAGUCGCCCCCAGGGAGCCCCCCGGCGCGGCCGCCGCCUGCUGCUGCGCAGACGCCGCCGGCAGAGCGCGGUGGCAGCGCCUUCGACAUCCUGCUCGGGCAGCUGGCCGCGCUGCACCGGCGGGAGCUGCAGGCCGUGCAGGCACAGUUCCAGGAGAGCGCCGCGCUGGUCCAGCAGCUGCGGCCCCUCCGCGCAGAGGAUGGGCCCGCGCCGCUGCCGAGCUGCGUCCACUCGGAGGAUGGGCCCACGCCGCUGCCGAGCUGCGUCUCCUGGGAGGCUGGCCCGGUCAAGGCGGUGCUCCCCGCGGGCGGCCCGGAGGGCACCGCCAGCGGCCCCCGGCUGCUCUGCCGGGAGGCCGCGCCAGGUCCGUUGGAGGCCUGCGCCGCUGCUGGCGACGGGUCCUCGUCGGCAUCGCCGAGGCUGCAUGACGCCUGUCCCCAAGCCUUGCCCACCUGCGAGGAGUACGCGCAGCUUGGGGAGGCGCCCUCCUCCGUUCGGACGGCCAGCGGGAGGUUCAGGUUCGAGAUGAAGGGCGCCUGGAAGGAAAGGAGCGAGGACGAGGAGGAGGAGGCAAGACUGAGCGGCCGGGCAAGCAGCAUGGACCUUGCCUCACGUCUGCGCAGGUUUGGCAGCCUCGCAGACUCGGACACCGAGGUCAGCUCGUUCUGGGAGGAGACGCCAACCAGCGACCGCAAGAAGCGGUGCGCGUGGGAGUCCGUUGUUCUGGCCUCCCCAGGGCGCCCAGCGAGGCUGCUCUGGGAUUUCUUCGGAGCCGCACUGAUAUUCUACGACCUUUUCAAACUCCCGAUGGAGACCUUCAGUCCACCCGACAAUGCUUUCAGCGAGGGUAUGGACUGGUUCAUCCUGUGUUUUUGGACCCUGAACGUCCUCGCGUCGCUAACGGUCGGCUACGUUGAGCACGGCGUGGUCGUACUGUCAAUGCGCAAGAUCUUGUUGAGGUACUUGAGGACUUGGUUCGCAGUCGAUUUGGUGGUUCUGGUGCCCGACUGGACAUUCAAGAUAGUGGAUAUAGCGGCCGCUGGUAGUAGUGAUGGUGACGAUGGUGAGAUCUUCCGAUUGCUGAGAGUGUUGCGCCUCAUUCGGAUGGUGCGGUUGCUAAGGUUGCUCAAGCUCCGGAAAAUAUUCGACACCAUCAAUGACAUGAUAGAUUCUGAGUACGUUAGUGUCGUUGCAAACCUCGUGAAGAUGAUAUUGAUGUUGUUGGUGGUCAAUCAUUUGAUUUGCUGCAUGUGGUACACGGUGUCCAUCAAUCAGUCGGUUGAGAACACAUGGAUCAAAGUUCAUAACUACGAUAAUGCCCACUGGACGUACAGCAGCUACGUGGUGUGCGACGGGUGCAGCAGAUGGCGCUACUGCAAGAAUAUCACCAGCAGGGGCGACCUCUGCAUCUGCGGCAAGAACAUCGCCAGCCUCGUUCCCCACGGUCAUGUCUUCCGUGAAGACGAUGGCGGGUGGCUGGCAGCACAGCCCCAAGGAGGAACCUCGCCCAGGAUCAGCUGGGCAGAUGGUUGGCAGCCAGGUGGUGGUGCAGGCGGGAAAGGACAAGGAGGCCAACGCCAGCCACCACCUCAUGACAAGACAGCCGACCUCAAGGCUGCCGCCGCAGCAGCAUACAGCAAGCUCAACAAGGACGACCCGCUCAGGCAGCACUACGAGGCCCUCUGGCCAGAGCUCGCCGCAGCCAAGCCACCAGCAGACCAACCAGUUGCUGGAUUCAAGGCAGUGGAGGCAGCUGCUCGACGCUUGGACAAACUCCAGAAGAAAGUGCGAUCGGCAGGAGAGCAAGUUGAGAGUGCCCAGCAGUACUUGGCCGAGAGUGAACGCAAGCUUCGUGAAGCCAUGGAGGCCUCCAUUGCAGCCGAAGAUGAGUUCGACAAGCUCAAGGCCACAGUCGGCAAGCAAGAGGCACCAGCUGAGCCUGCAGCCGAGAAGCCAACCCUGGCAGCCCUCCUGGAGCAUUUCGAGCACGAGCCCGACGACUUCCACAAGUGGUCCGAGCCAGACAAGGAGGUCUGGCGGGCAGCGAAGGCCAAGGGCGAGCGGAUGGCCCAGACGGUCAAGGAGCACGAGGAGGAGACGGCGAAGCACCUGCGACUGCUGGAGGAGGAGACGGCCAGGCACCGGGAGCAGCUGCGCCAGCUCGAGCAGCCCCUCAGCGAGGUGCCACCGCAUGCACUGAGGCAGCAGGGACAGCUGGAGCGGCUGCGCCCACCGGCGCCGCAGCAGCUGCCCAACCUGGAGCAGGCGCAGCAGAACAUGACAAAGCAGAAGAACGCCGAGCAAGAGUGGAGGCCCACAUCCAGGAGGCGCGAGAGAAGGUCUCGCAGGCAAGGCGCGCCGAGACAGUCGUCGACGCAGAAGGGCAGGGCGACCACUCAGCGGGGUAGCCGCUCCAAGGCGAGCGUGAAGAAGGCUCGCCGCCCGUGCCGCAUUGACUUCUUCAACGUCAAGACCUGGGGCCCCCAGGCACAGGGCUACCUCAUGAAGAUCAACGACACCAAGGACAGCGAUAUCAUUGGCAUUGCGGAGCACCACCUCCGCCAGCCUGCACAGAGAAGCAAGGCAAGAGCAGCGCUCAGGAGGAAUGGCAUGCACAGCUACUGGACCAAGGCACGGCCAGGAGAAGGAGAAGGCACUCGAGGAGGCACGUGUGCCAUCGCGCGAGGAUCUUUGGACAUCCAGGACAGGAUUGCGGGAUUCGACGAGCUCUACCUGCACGAGGACGGCAGCGACGUCACGGUGGUGACCUCCAACCUGCACAUGGUCCGUUUCGCAGUGGCUUUCGCCCACCUUGAGUGUGGGAUUUGCUUUGGAGAGAGGAAUGUCGACAUCCUCUGUGACCUGCGGGGGAAGAUGGCCGUCUGGGGAGGGCCCUGGGCAGCGCUUGGGGACUUCAACAUGGCGCCGUCGGAGCUCAACAACAGUAUCUGGCCCAGGGUGCUGAAUGUUCAGGUAGCUGCGGCGGAGGAUGGCGCCCCCACAUGUUUCCCAGCAGCAGGUGAGGCCAGGUGCAUCGACUUUGCGCUGAUCUCGCAGGGCCUGGCGCCGUACUUCGACCAGCUGGAGCUGCUCAGGGCCGCGCCGUGGAAGCCGCACAUUGGCAUCCGCCUGAAGCUGAAGGGGCGGCCCCUCAUGCUCAAGGGCGGGGUACUUCGCAGGCCAGCAGCCAUUAAGCCGCCAGUCACAGUCGAGAAAAUGCCGAAGUCCAGAGCCGCCUGCAGACGAGCGGCGCGAGGGGGCCAGGAGGCCAUGCGCCGACGACAGCAAGCGUUGGCAGAGGCAGGAUGCGACCUGAACGAGAACGACAUGGAGCCAGCGCCGCAGCUGUACUUCGACAAGGAGGUCCAGCACGUCAUCUCUGACGAGCUGUGGCAGGCCACCUCCGAGCGAGUCAGCGUGCGCGCCAACGACGAGUUGCCCCAGCAUUUGCAGCACACAGUCGUCGGCAAGAUGAUGGAGCGGGACAUGCUGGACCUUGGACAACAGUAUGACCGCUUCGCAAGCAUCCUUGAGCUCAGCCUGUGCGAGAGCAUCGGCAUCCCAGAGGAAGAGCGAGGACGACAUCUCGGGCGCAGCAGGCCCCCGAGCUACAAGAGCGUGAGCAUCAAGGACACCGUCACCUCUACGCCAUGGGCAGGGGUCGAAAGGAAGAUCCAUGCGUGGUGGGCGGAGAUCUCCAACCUAGCGCGGCAGCUCUCGAACCAUGAUGCCCGAGCGCAGGAGGCAGCAGCAAGCCGACUGGGCAAGACCCUGGCAAUUCCCGACGAGUACUCAGGAGGUGAACAGGGCCCGUCGGCGCCUGAGCCUGGCCCCGUCAUGGCAGGCAGCCAGGAAGGACGCAACACCAUGGACAUCCAAGAUCACGACCCCUUCGAGGACGAGGAGGACUACUUGGAGCACCGCCAGGAGAUCGCAGACCAGGAGUACAGCGAUGGGAACAACCAGCACACCGAGGGGCAGCGGGACAGCCGCGAGUUCGGCCAGACCGAUCGCCGACGAGCAGAAGGCCCGCACCAGCGGGAGUGGGAAGACUACGUGGCUAUGAGAGACGAUUUAGAGUACUGGGCGGCCAUCUGGAUGGAUAACUUGGUGCAGCCCCCCGCGGACAACAGCAACUGGAUGCAGGUCUGCGUGCCGUUCCUGGAGACCAUCUUGGGUGGCGGUGGCAACGAUGGAAUGGUAAGAUUGCUCAGGCGCAGGUGCCAGCAGGCAGGCCUCAACCACAUCGUCAGGGACCUCUGCGAGCGAGCUCGCACCCACAGCGGCAACCAGACGCAGCAGCAUAUUAACACCAGAAGGCAACUAGCGCAGCAGCUCAACCAGCCUGACCCAGGCAGGCUGAACGAAGAAGGUGCAGCCAAGGACCAGCAGCAGGCCCUCCUCACAGACCUGCGCGCGAUAGCAGAGGGCGCCCUCGUGGACCCAGGGACGAUCAGCAGGGUAGCAGAGGAGGUAAAGAGCAUGGCCAAGCAGCUCACAAAGGCGGUGAAGAAGGCGUACAUCCACUGGGUGCACGACGCCGCAGCAGGCAGUAGUGCUAAGACGGCCCACGCCUACACCAAGGCAGCGGAGCGCAGCCACCUGGAGGACAUCCUAGAGCAUGAGGGCCAGGUCAUCAACCACCCGCAGCAGCUGGUGGACUUGCGCAAAGAGGCAUGGCAACGCAGGUGGACACGAGAUGCGCAGAAGGCUGAGAGGAUCCAAGAGGCGCUGGCCAAGCUGAGGCAGGCGGCCCUGGCCCAAGAGAAUGCCCUCGAGCCCAUCAGCAAGGACAUCAUCGGCCCCAUCAUCCAGCACCUGAAGCGCAAUGCUGGCCAAGGGGCGGACUGGUGGAGGGCUCCAGAGCUCAAGGCCAUGGGCGCCCAGGGGCUUGAAGACUUCGUGCAGUGCCUGACCAGCUGUGAGCAACGGGCAGCGUGGCCGUGGCAAUUCUACUUGGUGCUGGAGCUGUUGUUGGGCAAGAAGCCAGGGAUCGGCGGUGAGCGCCCCAUCGGCCUCAUGCCCAUGCCGUACCGCAUCUGGAGCGCAGCCAGGAGGCCCAUAGUAGCCACCUGGAGCAAGGCAGCGGCGGGCUUCUGGGAUACGGCAGUAGCAGGAUCCUCAGCGCUACGAGUGGCAAUGCACAGACUGACGAGGGCAGAAGCCGCCACGGAGAUGGGCUUUCAUGCAGCGGGAGUCUUCUACGACGCGGCAAACUUCUACGACAACAUAGGCCUCGACCAGUUGAUUGAGAAAGCCAGCGACCUCCAGUGCCCGUUGCUGCCGCUGGCAAUGGCCGUGCAGAUGUACCUUGCGCCCAGGGCCAUCAUGGCCCACAGCCUCUUCUCGGACAUCUUCGAGCCUGCCAACAGCAUGGUUGCUGGCUGUGGCCAAGCGGUCGACCUCACCAGACCGCUCUUGCAUGGCAUCCUGGACGCAGCGCACAGGCACCACAUCUUCGUCGUCAUGCAGCAGUACCUGGACGACUUGGCCCUGCAGGUAGAGGGUGCGCGGAGGCAGGUCAUAGACCAGAUCAAGUACGUGGCAGCGCUGGUGCACGAUGGUUUCAAGCAGCUCUCCAUACCCAUCUCAGUCAAGACGGCAGUGGUGGCCUCGGAUAAGGACCUCCAGGCAGAAGUUGCCAGCAUCCUGGACAGCCUGGGCACCCCCAACAAGCAACCAGGGGUAGUGCGCGACCUCGGCGUGGACACCAGCCUAGGCAAGCAGCUACGGCGACCCACCCAUGCAGCGCGCCAGGCCAAGGCCAAGCAGAGGGUGGCCAAGCUCAAGGACCUAGCGAAGACGGGCGCCAGAGGUGCGGCAAAGGUCUACUCAGCAGGGGCCUAUUGCCAGCAGGCCUGGGACUUGCCAGCGCACGGCAUCACGCCCACGGAGGCGAGGGCGGUCAGGGCCACGGAGGCAGCGCGCCUCACAGGCGGACACAAGGCAGGGCGCUGCACGUCCACCAUCCUCCUGAUUCAGAGGGGAAUGCAAGAGGCAGUAACACGAGCCAUCGGCGACCAGAUCAAGCAGUUCUGGCUCACCAUAGUCGACCACCCGACGGAUCUCAAGAGGUACCAGAGAGGCUGGCUCCUGCUUUACGCCAAGCUGAACGCCCUGGAACCCAACCGCAGGGCGGCCAACCUCAACAUACAAGGCGGCGACACCUGCGCGAGAUGCGGCGAGGCGAUAGAGACAGAGGAACACCGCUACUACGCAUGCCCAGCCAACGCAGAGAUAGGGCACAGCAGUGAGACCGACCUGGCGAAGAAGGCGAAAGUCGCGCUGGACCAGCGGCAAGACCUGCACUUCUGGCUCCGCGGCAUCCCGCCAGCGGCCUGGGCAGCCAAGGUCGACCCAGACGAGGACGCGGCGAAGGCGGCGCAUAUCUUCUGCACCAGCGAGGAGGCGCAGGCGGCAGCCCAGGCAGGGUACAAGGUUCGAGCAGACUACGUCUUCACAGACGGCUCUGGGGGUGCAGGGGAGACGGCCAAGGACCCCCGCCUCAGACGCUGCGGCUGGGCAGUGGUGGCCUUCAGGUUCGACGAGCAAGGACGUCCGCAGGAAGUGGCCGCCUGGUACGGCACGAUCAGGGCACCACACACGGUGCCACGGGCAGAGCUCACCGCCACGAGCAAAGCCAUCGGGUACACCACGGCGGCGACGGCCAGGGGGCUCAACAUAGUCAGCGACUGCAAGUACGCCCUGGACGCACUCAAGCAGAUCCGGGAUCCUGAGGACCUGGACUACAGGAGCACAAACUACGACCUCUGGCUCCAGACGAAGCAGCAGCUGCAGAACAGCACGGACACCAUCAUGGGCCACCAUAUCCCAAGCCACCUGAUAGAGCACCCAGCCGAGCUGGAGAGGUGGAACGGUCCCACCUGGUGGGUCAUCGGAAACGAGAUGGCAGACAAGUACGCAGGCUGGGGAGCGGAGCAUGGAGCCCUGGAUCCAGCCAUCAUCGCGCAGCAGCAGACCAGGGACCAGAUCAUCAGGGCGGUGCAGAGUCGGCUGCUGGCCAUCAACAUGGCGGUCAGUGGCCCAGCCAAAGGACAAAUCAUCAAAGACUGGCUGGUAGAGACUGGAGAAUGCCUCGGGGAGUACGGUGGCCACCAGGACCAGCACGGCAACGUCAGGCUCGAUUUCAAGGCGGUGCAGAUCGGCACGCAGGUGGUGGACGUCUCCCACAAGACGCAGUUCACACAUGGCUGGCCCUGGUGCGAGAAAUGUGGUGGCACCAGCUACCUUGGGGACCACAAGAGCAGGAUCGUGGCAGGAGUGGCAAGGGAGCUAGCCAGGCCAUGUCAGCCCCCAACAGCAGCAGGGAGGCGGGUCCUGGCGGACAUGCAGAGGGGCAAGCUGCCAAGAGGAGCUAAGCCAGCAGCAGACCCAGGGGAGGAGGGUUUCAACGAGAUCACCAUGCCUGGUGACUUCAAGCUGGGCAUGAGCAACCACGAGGUGAUCGACCUGGACGGAGACAGUUCGGAGGCAGGGGGCCCGCAGCCAGCCCCACAGCAGCCGCCCAGCCACCCGCACUCUGUCGUCCAAGCCAGCUGGAGGCUCGUGGACCACAUGGAGGGCUACGCGGAGCUGUGGAUGAACAUGGUCGACCAGGAGGUCUGGGAUGACAUGGGCGACUGGAUGGAGCAUUGCGUACCGUACCUCCUGGCCAUCACCAACGUGGGCGGCAGAAUGGACUCGCAAGAGCAGACCAGGGCUGUCACCGUGCAGGAGCUUCAGCAAAUCAAGGACUGCUGCGAAGAAGUCUGGCGCAACACGCACCGCAAGCGACGGAGGCUCAUGACCAGGAUGCUCACCCUCCCGUACGGAACUAGGCAGCAGGUAGCAAGAGUGCACAUGGACGCGCUCCAGAAUAGAAGGAACAACAUCCUAGCGCACAGCAUCCCCAGCAGCGAGCGCAGGCCGCUGCCGAGUACAGCGGAGGCCAGCAGAGAGUGGUCACCAGAAAACCUGGACGAUGAUGACUCGACACCAGACAGUGAAGCCCCAGAGCAGGAGGGCGAGCCGAGAGACCAGGAGAUGGAGACCAUGGCAGGGCCUGAUCAGAGGAGCGACACCAACAGCCUGAUGCAGUCGGUCGUGCAGGUCGCAGUAAAGCCGACCAAGCCAGUGGGGCCCGACCUGAUGAAGUUCGCGGGCGAAGCCGGAGAAGCUGGCCUGCUCCACCCAAUGCUUCGACACAAAAGAGAAGCCGACCAGGGCCCCGAGCAGGAGGUGGCGUGGCUCGAGAGGAACAGGCUCGAACAGCACAUGCAGUCGCUGGCAGGCUGCUGGAUCCAGAAAGAGGGCAAACAGGGCUGGCCAUCGUGGCAGGCUGCGUGCGUGCCUCAUGUGCUGAGGGAGUUGCAGACUGGCGUCUACCAGUGGCUGUUCAGCCACGAGUCGGGGCUGAGCCGCCAGCGCAGCCAGCGCCAAGCGGCGGAGGAGAUCUGCCGUAUGGCAUGGCUCAACAGUGGAGAGGCGCGCAGGCAGAGCCAGCAGCUGGACCCGAAGGAGGCAGAGCGGCGCAAAGCAAUUGCUGAGCAGUUCCUAGGACGGAGCUUCAGGGACAUGGCAGCCCUCGACCACUUCCAUGAAUGGGGAGAGCAGUGA